GAUUGGCCAGGGAACCCACCAAUGGAGAGCUCGGGGAGGCGGGCCUAGGACGCGGGCUGGAGGAAGAAAAGCGAAUUUCAAGUUGGCGGCUGCGUGGGCCCCGAGUGGGGGUGGGACGGCAGGUUUUUCUCACUGGAUCUUGGAGUAUCCAGGCCCCCUCCACCAUGGCCACCCGGGGUGGGGGCCGGGGUCGUGGCCGAGGCCAGUUGACCUUCAACAUGGAGGCUGUGGGCAUUGGGAAGGGCGAUGCUUUGCCCCCACCCACUCUGCAGCCUUCUCCACUCUUCCCUCCCCUGGAGUUCCACCCCGUGCCUCUGCCUGCGGGAGAGGAAGGGGAGUACGUUCUGGCACUGAAGCAAGAGCUGCGUGGGGCCAUGAGGCAGCUCCCAUACUUCAUCCGGCCAGCUGUCCCCAAAAGAGAUGUGGAACGUUACUCAGACAAGUAUCAGAUGUCUGGGCCCAUUGACAAUGCCAUCGAUUGGAACCCUGACUGGCGGCGGCUGCCCCGAGAGCUCAAGAUUCGAGUUAGGAAACUACAGAAGGAACGGACCACCAUUGUCCUCCCCAAGAGGCCCCCUAAGAGCGCAGAGGAGAAGGAGGAGACAAUACAGAAGCUAGAGACUCUGGAGAAGAAAGAGGAAGAAGUGACUUCAGAGGAAGACGAAGAGAAAGAAGAAGAAGAAGAGAAGGAAGAAGGGGAGGAGGAGGAGUAUGACGAGGAAGAGCAUGAAGAGGAGACUGAUUACAUCAUGUCCUAUUUUGACAAUGGAGAGGACUUUGGAGGUGACAGUGAUGACAAUAUGGAUGAGGCUAUCUACUGAAAAUCUGGACCUGUAUAUCUUUCUUGGUCUGAAAGAGAGGGUCUAAAAUUGUUUAGGGUUUUCCGUGGUUGUGCUAUUAUUGUUUUUGAGAAAAGGAUCUCACGUAGCUCAGGCUGGUCUAGAACUCAGUAUGUAGCUGAGGUUGGCCUUGAACUCUCGAUCCUUCUACCUCCACCUCCCAAGUCUUGAGAGUACCGGGGUACACCACCACAGCAGACUUCCCAUUAUUUACUUUUGAGGGGAGUCACUCAGUCAGAAUCCAGGGGACCCGUGUGCUCCCUGGGGUUGUGAUGAACAGCAGCGGCAAGGAGCUGGCUUCCUUCCUCCUCACUCUCCGUGUGGCCCUCACACCUGCGGAAAGGACUGCUAUCUAAGUAUGAAAGACCGGUUGAAGUGUAACUGGGAUGUCAGAGGGACAGCUGCGUACACACCGCUACUCCAUCUUUAUAAGCCUUAUGGACAAACUUGGGGUGGAAACAGUCAAGAGGAAUAAGGCCUGUUUUGUAUUUUUAAAUAAAAUGUUUGCAUCUGUCUCCUUA